ACAUUUGAAACACAAAAAAAUAAUUCUCAAAUGGCUUCUCGUCUUCAACAAGUAUCUGCUCAUUUAGCACCUAGUGACAAUGUGGCAAACAAGAUUGGAGUGAAAUCACCUGAAGAUGUUGUUAUUGUAAGUGCACUUCGUUCUGCCAUCACUCGUGCUCGUAAGGGAGGUUUUAAAGAUAGUCUCCCAGAAGAAAUCUUGGCGGGUGUCUUUAAAGCAAUCAUUCAUCAAAGUAAAAUUGAUCCCAAGUUGGUGAACGAUAUUUGUGUGGGUGGUGUCUUGUCUCCUGGUGGGGGUGCAACAAACGCUCGUAUGGCUGCUCUCUAUGCUGGUUUCCCUGAAGCGACCGCAGUUAGUACCUGUAAUCGUCAAUGCUCAUCUGGUCUUCAGGCUGUUGUUCAAAUUGCUAAUGCUAUUCAAACUGGAUUGAUUGAAGUGGGUAUUGGUGCUGGUGUUGAAUCUAUGAGUAAAUUUUAUGGUGCUGCCUCUCUUGCUCCUUCUUCUGAAAAGAUUGCUGAUGCUUGUCCUGCUGCUGCUGAUUGUCUUAUUCCUAUGGGUAUUACAUCUGAAAACGUAGCUGCUCAAUUUAAUGUCAAUCGUACUAAACAGGAUGAAUUCGCAGCUGCAUCUCAUAUUAAAGCAAUUGAAGCACAAAAGAAAGGUUUAUUCAAUGCAGAAAUUGUUCCCUUAGAAGCCACUGUAGUUGAUAAAGAAGGUAAAGAAACAACCAUCGUUGUUGAUCGUGAUGACGGUGUUCGUCCUGGCACUACCGCAGAGACAUUAGCUAAACUUAAACCUGCCUUUGAUGAAAAUGGUACAACCACCGCUGGCAAUGCCUCUCAAGUCUCUGAUGGUGCUGCUGCUGUUUUAUUAAUGAAACGAAAGACAGCUGAAAGAUAUGGUUUACCCAUUAUAGGUAAAUAUAUCACAUCUGCUGUCGUGGGUGUCCCCCCCAAAAUUAUGGGCGUAGGACCUGCAUUUGCUAUUCCAGUUGCCAUUGAACGUGCUGGUUUAAAGGUGGAAGAUGUUGAUAUCUAUGAAAUCAAUGAAGCCUUUGCCUCACAAGCUGUUUAUUCUAUUGAAAAAUUGGGUAUCCCCUAUGAAAAGGUAAACCCUAAGGGCGGUGCCAUUGCCUUUGGUCAUCCCUUAGGCUGUACCGGUGCUCGACAGAUUGCUACUUUACUUCCUGAAUUAAAACGUCAAGGUAAAAAAGUCGGCGUUACCUCUAUGUGUAUUGGUACUGGUAUGGGUAUGGCUGCUGUCUUUGAGAGCGAGUAAAAUCCACUAUUAUUAUUAUUUCUACGAUAUAUAUGUAUGUGUAUGUGUCUGUAUUCCCCUCCUUACAUAAAUAAUAAAUAAAAUACAUGUAAAAAAAAAAAAAAAAAAAAAAAAAAAAAAAAAAAAAAA